AUGAAGAAAAAGGUUUCAGGAGAUAUACGUGCUCUCAUAGAGCACUGUGUAUCUACAAAUGAGAGAGCUUUGUUUGUUAUCGUUGGUGAUAAAGGACGCUUCCAGGUUGCAAAUUUACACUAUCUUCUUCAGCGUGUAUCUGGAAAGAAACCAAAUGUACUUUGGUGCUACAAAAAGGCCCUAGAAGUUUCGUCCCAUCAGCGCAAACGUCAGAAGGUUGCCAAAAAAUUGGCGCAAAAGGGACUCUAUGAUGAGAGCACUGAAAAUCCUUAUGAACUAUUUUUACGCACUACAGACAUCAGAUACUGCUAUUAUCGUGAUUCACAAAAGGUUUUGGGUCAAACAUUUGGUGUAUGUGUUCUCCAGGAUUUUGAAGCCUUGACUCCAAAUGUACUUUGCAGAACCAUAGAAACCGUUGAAGGAGGUGGUAUGAUUUGUAUUCUGCUACGUACAAUGGAAUCUUUGCAAGAUUUAUACAAUAUAACAAUGGAUGCUCACGGGAAACUCUGCUCGCACAGUUAUAACAAAGUAGAACCUAGAUUUGUUCGUAGGUUUGUUCUCUCAUUAUCUAAUUCCAAAAAUAUCAUUGUUGUGGAUGAUGAAUUGAAUAUAUUGCCUAUUUGUAAGGGUGGAUUAAGUGAAAAGGCUUCAAAGGAUCCAAAGCACAAGUUGACCAAACUCAUGCAUAAACUAAAAACGGAUGAUUUUUCUCAUGAAGACUAUCUUGUAUUAAAGAAAUUAGCAGUACUUUCAGUAACACAUAACCAGUUAAAGGCGUUAAUUAAACUUUUAUCGAUUCUAAUAGACAUUACAAAUGUUAACACAAAAAAGAUAAUUACAAUCAUAAGUGAUCGUGGCAGGGGAAAAUCGGCAACUAUAGGACUAUUCUUAUCAUCUGCACUAUAUCUGGAUUUUAGAAAUAUCCUUGUUGUUGCACCAAGUGUUGAAAAUGUCUCCACACUCUUUGCAUUUUUAGAGAGAGGACUAAAGUGUCUAGGAAUUGAUGAACAUGUAGGUUACACGAUAGGCAAACAAGAAUCAUAUACUAGUUCACUUUCGCUCAAUAGCAAAAGAAAUGCACAUGUGAAAUAUGUCUCUUCCUCGGAAAUAAAAUCAUUCCAAGAUUUCACAAAGGCUUAUUCUUGGGAGAUCCUAAUCAUCGAAGAAGCUGCUUCUAUUCCACUUCCUAUCGUUGAAGCUCUUUGUACAAGAGGCAUUGUUAUAAUAUCUUCCACGGUUGGUGGCUAUGAGGGUACAGGAAGGUCCAUAUCUCUGAAAUUGAUUGAAAAAUUUAAAAGGUCACAGCUUGAUUCACAAUCGCUGACUGAAAUCAAACUAAAUGAACCAAUUAGAUAUAGUAAAGGUGAUAGUAUAGAACUUUGGCUCAAUAAUUUAUUGUGUUUAAAUUACUCCAAGACUACUUCCGAAGAUAUAGACGCCCCAAAGGUUACUCAAAAUGCUAUUACCCCGAGCAAAUGCAAAUUUCUGAUUGUAAACCGAAAUAUAUUAUUUUCCCAUCAUCCAUUUGCGGAAAGUUUUCUGAACAAAGUGGUUUAUACUCUUACAUCAUCGCAUUAUAGGAAUUCUCCUGAUGACCUUUUACUACUUUCCGAUGCACCUGCACACAAACUUUUGGUUCUAGCUAUAUUUCCAGAAGUAGACCAUAUGAAAGAUAAGGAAGAAGAUGUAUCCCAGCAUGGCCAAUCUCCAGAUGAAAGUGCGCCUGAUAUCAUGAUACUUUGUGUUGUUCAUAUAGCACUUGAGGGAAAGAUAUCUAAAGAUGUGGCAAAGAAUACAAUACAGCGUGGUGUAAAACCUUCUGGUGAUAUGAUCCCAUGGACGAUGACACAACAUUAUUAUACUAAUAACUUUUCAGAACUAAAUGGUAUGAGAAUAGUUAGGAUUGCUGUUCCACAACAGCUGCAAAGAUUAGGAUAUGGUUCAGAAGCAAUCAAACGACUUAUUUCAAACGUUAACAUAAUCGCAAAUUUUGAUGACAAGUUACAUAAGGAUACCUUGCUUGUUGAUGUUGAAUCAUUGUAUAAUUUACAUGAAUAUGCAAAGUCAGGUGAUGUGGAAAACAUGGACGAAGAGGCCGUCUCAACAAUAGAUUACAUAGGAACAAGCUUUGGAUUAUCAUCAUCGCUGAUAAGAUUUUGGAACCGUAUGGGAUUCCGUGCUGUUUAUGCCAGACAGGUUCCUAACGAGGCAACCGGCGAAUUCUCAUGCAUAAUGCUCUUAAACUUAAACGAUGCGGACAACGAGUGGUUAAAUCAAUUUAUAGAGGAUUUCAAACAUCGUGUUCUCUCUCUUGCAGGAAGUUGUUGGAAAAAUCUUCCUUCCACUCUUGUAUUAUCUCUUAUAUCUGGCAACAAUGAGAACACGAAUGAAAGUGAUGUCUCAACCACUACACAUGACCUCGACAACAAGAAAUAUAUUACUAUGGUAUUGAAGCCACAUGAUCUUGGAAGGCUAGAAAGAUAUUCCAAACAACUGGCGGACUUUACUAUCGUAACCGACCUCAUACCGAAAAUUUCUACCCUCUAUUUCGAAGGAAGGAUAGAUAUAAGGCUUUCGUUUUUGCACAGCGUAAUCCUAUUGGCCGUCGGAAAUCAAUUCAAAACACCGAAGCAAACAAGUGAAGAGCUGAAGAUGCCCCUGAAUCAGGUUAUGGCACUGCUGCAGAAAGUUCUUGCUAAGAUCUCGAAGUACAUCUACAGUUAUGAGAGUCACUGUGAUUGA